AUGCCCACAGGCAGCAAAUGUCUAACAGCAGCUCCAUCACCCAGUUCCUCCUCCUGCCGUUCACAGACACACGGGAGCUGCAGCUCUUGCACUUCUGGCUCUUCCUGGGCAUCUACCUGGCUGCCCUCCUGGGCAACGGCCUCAUCAUCACCACCAUAGCCUGGGACCAGCACCUCCACACCCCUAUGUACUUCUUCCUGCUCAACCUCGCCCUCCUCGACCUGGGCUCCAUCUCCACCAUUGUCCCCAAGUCCAUGGCCAACUCUCUGUGGGAUACCAGGGUCAUUUCCUACACAGGAUGUACUACACAACUCUUUCUGUUUGUCUAUUUAGUUUCAUCAGAGUUUUACCUUCUCACCAUCAUGUCGUACGACCGCUACGUUGCCAUCUGCAAACCCCUGCACUACGGGACCCUCCUGGGCAGCAGAGCUUGUGUCCACAUGGCAGCAGCUGCCUGGGCCACUGGGUUUCUCUAUUCUCUGCUGCACACGGCCAAUACAUUUUCACUGCCCCUGUGCAAGGGCAAUGCCCUGGGCCAGUUCUUCUGUGAAAUCCCCCAGAUCCUCAAGCUCUCCUGCUCACACUCCUACCUCAGGGAACUUGGGCUUCUCAUGUUUAGUGCUUUUUUUUUUGAGGGAUGUUUUGUGUUCAUCGUGGUGUCCUAUGUGCAGAUCUUCAGGGCCGUGCUGAGGACCCCCUCUGAGCAGGGACGGCACAAAGCCUUUUCCACCUGCCUCCCUCACCUGGCCGUGGUCUCCCUGUUUGUCAGCACUGCCAUGUUUGCCCACCUGAAGCCCCCCUCCAUCUCCUCCCCAUCCCUGGACCUUGUGGUGUCUGUUCUGUAAUCGGUGAUGCCUCCAGCAGUGAACCCCCUCAUCUACAGCAUGAGGAACAGGGAACUCAAGGAGUCUAUAAGGAAAGUGAUGAGUGUUCGAUUUUCAAAAGCUGUAAAGAAUUGACGUCCUGCUUCUGCAUGUCAUUGGUAAUAUAACGCAUUGCUACAUUGCUAGUUCAACCUGAGUUCUGUAGCUUUUGUGUUUUAGGUGUUUUGUUUUGUUUUGUUUUGUUUUGUUUUGUUUUCUCUUUGGUGUUUGUUUUUCUUGAUUGUAUUAAUGCUAUCCACAAGCAAAAUUAUUUGUCUUCUUA